UUUCAUUCAGAGACAGGAAGGAGAGCGCCUGCAGAGGACACUAAAGCAAUACCAAAAGUGGCAAGCACUGCCGCGGAUGGCACAGAGCAAGCUGAGCCACAAGGGAGAAGAGAAGCCGGCAACAGGGCCUGCAAGAGGGGAGAGAGGCUGCUUGCUGCCCCAUUGGAUCAGGCUGGCGUGCCAGUUUGCAACCCUGGGAAUCAAGUGUUGAGCCUGGCUUCUCUUCAGUGCAUCGCUAGAGGGGCAAGCAGCUCUCCCUCCACCUCCUCUCGUACACCUAAGGUGCCUUGCACAAGCAGGGCUAGUGGGGUCACAGCAUGGAUCCUUCCCACACCCCUCCCGUCGUGGUUUCCGUCUCCCCACCAGUGGAUUUUGUGCUAGGAGCGACGGCGUGCUGCAUGGCCUGUGUCUUCACCAACCCACUUGAGGUGAUCAAGACGCGCCUGCAGCUGCAAGGGGAGCUCCGCUCUCGGGGGACCUACCCCCGCCAUUACCGAGGGGUGCUGCAGGCCAUGGUGGCCGUCAGUCAGGCCGAUGGGAUCUGGGGCCUCCAGAAGGGACUCACAGCUGGGCUCCUCUACCAGGGGCUGAUGAACGGAGUCCGCUUCUGCUUCUACUCCUACGCGGAAGAUCUCGGCUUGACCCAACAGCCAGGGGGGACCAUCGUGGCCGGAGCCAUGGCUGGGGGACUGGGAGCAUUCGUAGGCAGCCCAGCCUACCUGGUCAAAACCCAUCUCCAAGCCCAGACAGUGGCGGCCAUUGCUGUGGGACACCAACACAAUCACCAGAGUGUCUCCAGUGCUUUUGAAACAAUAUAUAAGAAGCAAGGACUGCUGGGACUGUGGCGAGGGGUGAGCGGUGCUGUGCCUCGGGUGAUGGUGGGCUCGGCUGUGCAGCUGGCUACUUUUGCUUCCGCCAAGGAGUGGGUCAGGAAGCACAAGAGGUUCCAAGAAGACAGCUGGCUGGUGGCCCUGUCGGGAGGCAUGAUCAGCAGUGUGGCUGUGGCUGUGGCCAUGACGCCUUUUGAUGUAGUCAGCACCAGACUCUACAACCAGCCGGUGGAUGAGAAGGGGAUGGGCAAGCACUACCGUGGCUUCUUUGACUGCUUCCUGCAGAUCUCCAGUAAAGAAGGCCUCCUGGCCCUGUACAAAGGAAUUGGACCUGCUUACCUCCGCUUGGGACCACAUACCAUUCUCAGCCUCCUCUUCUGGGAUGAACUGCGGAAAUUUACAUACAAGCACCAGGGCACCUGAAAAGGAUAACCCUCUCCGUGUGCUGUUGAAAGACAACGACAGAUACCAUCUCCACCUCACAGGGUUGGGACGAAAACUGUGGGUGAGGUGGCUGGCACCCUGACUUUCCCAGACAGAUCUGGGAUGUUCUGGCCAGUGCAGCCCUGCUCCAUUGAAUGGGUCCUUCUCUCUCUCUGUACAAAUGCCAGCCAGAGCUGCUGCUCCAGAGUAAGGUGUCCCUUCCUUACCGUAUAAUUAGACAAAGGAUAUGGGAAAUAGGCUACAGCGAAAAGGAUGUGGAGAGAUAUGAAGGAGGAAACGAGGAGGAAGAGGAAAGAUAAAGAGAUAGACAAAUCAACAACCAGGUAAAUGUAUCUGGCAAGGGUUCAGAGGACACCUCUGCUGCUGCUUACAAGCUGAAGGCUACUGGCAUGGAAUGAGGGGACUACUUUCUCCAGGCCAUCAAACUGCAAAGAAGGGAAGAGAAGAGGCCCUGACAGCAGACAUCUUCCCACAGCAUCUUGGUUAAAGAAGGCCAAAACCAUCAGAGGGAACUAAGAUCAUGCUGCUGCUGAGCUUCUGACAUUUGGGCCCUGCCAAGCUCCUUUCUGCUCUUGCAUCUUGCAGAAAAGAGGGUUGCUAGCAGAAAGUCUGAAGCAAUUGCUCGGCUAAGCAGUGUUACUUUUUCCUCACACCAGCUGCUGUAACUGGAGCCCUGCCAAUGAGCUCUUCUGGCUCUACCUAAAUAAAAGAUGUUUUCCUAA